AUGUGCAAUGCCUCACACUCGGCUGAUUCAUCGUCUCUUUUAGAUACCGAAACAACGGAAUUGAUGAAAAAAUCAUUUUCAGCUAUCAUCAAAGGAGAACGAGUUCCAAAUACUGAUUUUUUACAGUUAUAUAACUCUAUUCACUUGCUGCUUCAUCAUGUGGAUGUUUCGGCCAAGAAAGAUUACUCUGCCAUUCAUCGGGAUUUGUUUGAAUUGGUUCGAGAACAAGUUUUUAAAUCAAUUUCAGAGAGCGAUUUAAUGAAACAGGUGAUCCUGAUUUUAACUGAUAAUUUUGAUUUUUCCAAUUCGGCUAACAAUUUAAUUGAUCUUUGGACUAAAUCAAUAAGAACUGUAGAUCACUUCAUUCAACGAUUAUUCAAAGGAAGACAAUAUUUCCAAAAUUGUUGCCCGUUGAGCAUUGUUUUGGGGAGUCAUGUUUUUGAAGAAAUGUGUUGUGAGGCAGCUUUAGACUGCAUGUCUUGUGAAGAGGGAGAGACAUCGCAUUACCCCAGAACUUGUACCAACCAUGGUCGUGAUGAUAGCAGUACUGACAUGUUAGAACAAUUGAAAUCAACACUUCAGGAAUAUUACAAGGAACAAUCAAAAAAGAGUGAAGAAUUAUUUAAAUCAUUCAAAACUUUAACUCAACAGCCAAUUCCAAGACAUAAAUUUACCAGAUCAAAAAAUCUAAUUCACUACGUGCAAGGUGAUAUGGGCAUCAAAUUUGCAGAUAUUGACGGAAGCAAGUUAGUACGAACAGACAUUCCUCUCUCCAAAGAAUGUAAUCUUGUGGAGGAUCCUAUUGCCUUUUAUAUUGAUGACGUUUUGACCAGUGAAGAAUGUGAUCAAAUUAUUCAAAAGUCUGAAACACAAUAUGGAUAUAGGACUCUCGAACAUGAAUUCUUAAAAUAUGAAAGAGACAAUGAUCGUGCUCUUAUUUCAUUUCCCUAUUUUGCUGAUCUAUUAUUUAAGAGAAUUAAGCCUGUUCUUGAAAAAGACCCACAUGUGUGGAAUGAAUUGAGACCUUUUGGUUGGCACAACGAAGGAAAGUGGCAACCCUCAUUCAUUAACACCUGUAUGAGAUGUUGCCGAUACACAGGUCCAUGUGUUGGCUUUAUUCCUCAUAGGGACGGUAACUUUGUUGCAAAUACAGAUCAGCGAUCUAAAUUCACCAUUAUUAUCUACCUUAAUGAUGAUUUUCCAGAUGGCACUACAGAUUUUUUGAGAGCCCACCAACCUGCCACCAUGGGUGAACUGGUUCGAGAGGAGCUGGAAAGAGGUUAUUCCAUCGAAUUCAGACUCAAACCCAAGAAAGGACGCGUACUCAUUUUCGAUCAUGUGCUUCUUCAUCAAGGAGCUCCAAUUCCAAGUGGUCAUCUCAAGUACAUUAUUCGAACAGACCUCGUGUUGACUCGAGUGGAAAAUCCCUCUCCAGAUCUUUCCUACCUCAAAGAUGAAUAUUAUUGGAAGAUGUUGUACUAUUACAAAAUUGCAGCGAAUUACGAAUGCCACGGAUUUGUCGAUGUUUCCUCUGAAUUGUACGAAAGAGCGCUUUCAUUGAGAAUGCAUUAUCCAAGAAAAGGUUCACACAUUCCGAGUGUGAAGAAAUUACCGCCUCUUGACACUAAUAAGUGA